AGUGGCAACGCUGUAGUGCCAUAUUGGGAAAAAAAGAAUUGACAACCUUUAGUCGGAAAAGAAAAAAAAGUGAAAAAUAUGUACAAGUGCCGACCGAGCGAUGGUGCAAGUGCGGAAAACAAAAGUAAAAAAGUGUGAAACUAAACGAAAAAAAGGAUCAGUCAAAGCUUUUGCCGCAACAGCGAGGUUAGGUAUCUUCUGUAUAGCGGCAGCUCACGAGGAAGAAUAUCACUUGAGGAGCGACGCUCGCUAAAAUCGUAUAACCUCGUUUUUGCUAAAAUUUUUGUAAAGUCUGUGCUGUCGCGUGAUGUCCAAGAACUUGUACAGCAUUAUCGAGUAUCACUCGAAACUAGAAAAAAAUCGAUGUGGAUAUUGUCAUAGCACCAACACUGGUUACAGUCAUGGAAUGACUGCAUAUGCAUUAUCAGUUCAACAUUAUCAAAAUUUAAUAGAUAGAGGAUGGAGAAGAAGUGGCACUUAUUGUUACAAACCUAUGAUGAAAGUGACCUGCUGCCCUCAUUAUACAAUCAGGUGUGAGGCAUUGAAUAUCAAAAUAUCUAAGUCACAGAAAAAAAUUUUGAAACGAGUGAUCAAGUUCCUCAAAAAUGAAUUGUCAAAAGAUGAAGAAAAAGCUAGUCCGAUUGAAUGUGACGAUGAUAUAGAUAGAAAUAUGGAAGUGCCAAAAUUUUCUAAGUAUGCUGAAAGAGCAGAAAAAAAUGCUCCUAAAAUGCAAGUAACUUCUGUAUCAGAAGAGCUUAGCAGUAGAUUAGGUACUAAUUUAAAUAAUACUAAGUCAACUUCAAGUGAUAGUGCAAGUACAAGUACAAAGAAACAGUUGGUGGAAAGUGCUGAUAAUUCACCGAUUCAAUCAAUGGAAAUUUCCAAUAAUGAAUCAAGUUGUUCAACUUUUGAUCCAAACAGAGCACCUCAAAAAAAAGCUAAACUCUUACGUCUAGAAAGAAAGCAAAAGAAACUAUUAGCCCAAGGGAAAACUCAGGGAGAAGUAGACUCCCUUCUAAGUAAAACUAAGCCUCAAAAUACUGAGAAAACUUUAGAAGAUUACUUUAAGGAGAUUAGUGAAUGUUCAAACAAAUUAGAGUUAAGAUUAGUCAGAGUAUCACCGCCAAGUGAUAGUUACAAGAGCAGUGAAAAAGAAUCUUUUGAACUGUAUAAAAAAUAUCAAUUGACUAUUCACCACGAUAGGUUAGAAAGACUAACUCAAGAAGGGUAUUCAAGAUUUAUGGGAAAGUCACCUUUGCGGAUAAAAUUGAUAAGAGUAUUGUCAGAUGAAUUUUUAAAUACUCUAGAUGAAAGUGCAGAACUUUUUAAAAAAUAUCAAAUGACGAUUCACAAAGAAAAGCCAGAAGAGUGUGACAAACGCGCAUUCUUUGAUUUUCUUAUCAAAAAUCCAUUGCAGGAAUGGAAACCAGAUGGUGAUCUGCCUCAAGGAUAUGGGUCAUUCCAUGAGCAGUACUGGCUCAAUGGUACUCUGAUAGCAGUGGCCGUUUUAGAUAUAUUGCCGUCUUGUGUAUCUAGCGUUUAUUUUUUCUACGAUCCAGCAUAUGCUCAUUUAUCAUUAGGAACAUUUAGCUCUUUACGAGAAGUAUUUUUAACGCGACAGUUGAAUAAGUAUGCUCCAAACUUAAAGUAUUACUAUAUGGGCUAUUACAUCCAUUCGUGCCCGAAAAUGAGGUACAAAGGAAAGAUGCGUCCAUCUAAGCUUCUUUGCCCAGAAACUUAUGUAUGGUAUGAUAUUGAUAAAUGUUUACCAAAGUUGGACGUUUCAAAGUACAGUAGAUUGAAUGAAGAUCAAUCUGCUACAGAUGAAGAUGGAGUAGUUGAUAUUCAACAGGUCCCAAUCCUGUACGAAAAGAAAACGUAUACCUAUGGAGUUUUUAGAAUAAAUUUCAAUAAAAACAUCAAAGAUAACCUGAUAGAAUAUUCUUCCUUAGUCGGUAAAACUUGCGCUUUACAAAUGUUAUAUUACGUUGAUUGAUGUUCUCAAGGUCAUGUAAAUUUGAGCUCAACUUAUACAUUCAUAUUAAUGAUUGCUUCUAAAGUAGUGAACGCGUCACUCAAUUUUAAAUUAAUAUAAAAAGAAGUCGAUGCAAAUGUUAUACUCGCAUCCAUUCAUACACCAACGUUUUUAAAUCAAACGUACUACUAAAUAUUACAAAAAUACAAAUAAUAUAUUUGCUAAAAAAGAAUUGUUAAAUUAUGACAAAUUAAAUGUAGAUACAAAAGUAUGAAAAAAAUAAUAUAAUUAUUUUAAAAAUAUAUAUGUAUAUUGGAUGAAC